CCACGUAUUUUUGGAUUUAGAAUACAUGAGAUAGCAGAACAGCAUCGAUGGCAGGAUCAAGUCAGAGAGGAGUUUGAAGCGAAACGAAGAGAUAGACAGCAACAAUAUGAAUCAUCCACCACAAUAUCAUAAAGGUUUUUGAUCAGUUUGAGUUUGAGUUUUCGAAUGGGAAACACUAAUUCCACACCAAAAACAACUUAUAAGGAAGAACAACAAAAGAAAGGAGUUGUUAAACCUGAUUCACAACGGAUUUCUGCUACUUCUUCUGCAGUUUCGACUAUUUCUUCAACAUCGUCCCAUUUAAACACGCAAAGACAUCGGUCGUCGAUACCGACAGCAACGACUUCUACAGAUUCGAAAGUGGGCAUAGACGCUGGUCAUGCUUCUUCAGCAGAACCCAACGUCAAACCUGUCAAUAAUUUGAAUAGUAGUAACGAUAGCAAUGCUAGUGUUAGUAACAGCAGCAACAAGGAAAAACUAGAGCAAACUCAAGAACAACAAAAUCCAGAGCCAACAAAAGCUGUACCGGUAGCAACUUCGAAUAAACCUGCACAGCAACAAAAAAUUGGCUGGCUUUCUAGUACAGGCGGAGCCAGCCCUUGGUUUAGCUCCCUAUCGUCCUCUACCUCUUCUUCACAUCAACCUUAUCAUCAUCAUCACCGUGCUUCUAUUAGUGGUCCGUAUUAUCGUACGCGUGGAAUGAGUCCACAACAUUCACAACUUCAGAACUCUCAUUCCUACCAGCAACAGCAUGCUUUAUCUAAUCCAAGCAAUAUGUCUACUACCUCGAAUACUAUAGCCACACCUGUUGUCGGAAAUACAGCAAGUGAAGGUGUGCCCACCAUCAUAACGUGGACUCAAGGUGGAAAUAAUGUCUAUGUCACGGGUACAUUUAAUGGAUGGAAGCAUAAAAUAAAGCUUGUGAAAAGUGUGCAUGACUUCAGCGCUGUGUUGGAAUUACCUCCUGGAACCCAUAGAUUGAAAUUUAUCGUGGAUGAUGAAUGGAAAUGCUCGAACGACAUGGAAACAGCUACAGACCCAGAUGGCAAUUUAGUUAAUUACUUACAAGUGAUGGAUGAAGAAGAAGACAACGAUAGUGAGAAUGACGAUGAUGAUGAUGAUGAUGAUGAUGAUGAUGAUGAUAUCUCUAUCAUUUCUUCUUUCGAUUCUGUAACAGCCAAAGAUCACCCUGAAGCAGCUAAAAAAUAUUCCAAUGCGAUACCUUAUGAAUUGAUGCAAUUAGCCAAUCUAGUUAGUAAAACGGAGCAACUACAACAACAGCUACAGCAGCAACAGCGUACUGCCUCUACUACACAAAAUGUGUCAACAAUAAAUGACGAGCUGGUGCAGCAGAAGAAAUUGAUAUUAGAAUGGGAAAAGAAACAACCUCAACCUCCUACUCUACCACCACAUUUAGACAAAGUCUUGUUAAACUCGGGUACAGUCUCUGAGGAAGACAACUCAGUAUUGAACGAGCCCAACCACGUUACCCUGAACCAUCUAUAUGCCUGUUCAAUCAAGGAUAAUGUAAUGGCUUUGGCAACUACUACAAGAUAUAGGAAGAAGUAUGUUACUACAAUGUAUUAUAGACCCGUAUUUCCCAAAGAAGAAUCGUAGUGACAAUAGUCUGCAUAUUCUUCAUUAUGUUAUUACCAUAUUUCACAUAUAUUAUAUUCACAUAAGUUGUAUUUUGUAACAUAAAGGAUUGAAUAACAACGGUUCUGUGAGUCGUAGGUAGUAUCAAUCUGGAAUGAGUACUUCUCUACAAUCAUUUAAACAUUGU